AUGCUUCCGCUUAACAUGUCGGCCAUGUUGGCAGAUGUGAACCGAUGCGCUUCCGCAGUGAUCAGCGGCUUGGUCUUUGCUGCAAUUUGUGUCAUACUCCGACACCGUGGUUAUGUGGUGGCGGCUGCGUGCUUGUUUGUGGCCAGUUGCGCGAGCACUCAGAUCCUGAUGAGCGCACUGGGCGCUUUUUACAGGCAUCCGGGAGCCGUGACGACCCUUCACCUGUUCUGCGUGUGGCUCACCUGCUUGGCGCAUCGGCUUGUUGUUGGCCGGGGGAACGCAGCCGCCUCCAGCGAAACGCGGACGACCGCCUGGUUCGUUCGCAAGAUCUUCCCCAUUGCAUUGAGCCUCCCGCUGACCGUGGUCUUCAACAAUACUGCCCUGGUCUACGCUGGGGCCGCCAUUUGUGCCAUUCUUGGCACCUUGUCACCUGUAAGUGUGGCUUUGAUGUCCUUCGCAUGUGGACGCAAGCUCUCCAAGAUGUCUUGGAUGGGCAUUCUCGUGGCUUUCCUUGGGGCGCUGGUGCUUGCAGGAGGUGAGGCGACCUCCAUCCAGACGGCCUCUGCUCCCGAGAAGACUUUCCUAGGCAUCCUCUUUGCGCUGGCCGCUGUCGGAACUCGAACGAUGAAGAUCGUGGUGAUGGACGUGUUGCUUGCGCCUGGCGAGUAUUCCGUCUAUUCCUCUCAGCCGGAGCAGAAGGAAGCCCCACUGAGCCCUAUGCAGCUCUAUUCCCUACAAGCGCCCUGGUGCGUGCUGAUCGCCUUCCUGUAUACAGCCUGCACAGAGAGCUUCUUCCAAGCCGCGGCAGAUCUGACUUGGGGCUCUGGCGCCCUCAUCUUCCUGACUUGUGUGAGCGCGGUUUCCCUGAACUUUCUGGGCCUUGUGGCGCUCAAGGAGCUCGGGGCAAGCUCCCAGCAGAUCAUCGGGAAGCUGAACACGGUUUGUGUCGCUGCCAUUUCCGUCGGCUAUUUGAAUGAGGAGCUCUCGCGGACCGUGAUCCUGGGUGGCGUCGUCGUACUCGCAGGGGCUGCCAUUGUGGAGCGCGGAAAGGGGCAGCAGCCACUGCAGCCGCUUCAGCCUCCAAGUAAAGUCUAA